GCUAAACAGUAUCAAUUACGCGCUACCGCGAUGUACUUCAUUUUCCUUGCCUUACUGUCUACCUCCUGGGUGGCUGGUCAUCGAAACAAUCAAAAUCCCGUAGUGAAUAUUUCGUGUGGUAGUAUUCAGGGGAGUGUGAUUCGCAGCGUUCUCGGCAAGUCGAUCUACUCCUUCAGAGGGAUCCGUUACGCGAAUGCACUUCGAUUUGAGCCUCCGGUACCUGCAGAGAAAUGGGACGGCGUAUACGAUGCUACCAAAGAUGGACCGCUUUGUCCACAACCCGGUGAUAUACCAAUCUCAGAAGACUGUCUCCGACUAAACGUGUACACGACCAAGCUACCCUCCGCCCAUCACAGGCCGAAACGGCCGGUUAUGUUCUACAUCCACCCGGGCGGUUUUUACGGUUUGUCAUCAGUCAGCAAAUGGCUGGGACCUCAGUACUACCUCGACCAAGACGUAGUACUGGUAACCAUCAACUACAGAUUGGGAUCAUUGGGGUUCCUCAGCACAGGUGAUCGCUCAGCACCCGGAAAUAACGGGCUAAAAGAUCAGGUUGUCGCAUUGACGUGGGUCAAGGAGAACAUUCAUUUAUUCGGGGGAGAUCCGAAUUUGGUGACGAUCUUUGGUUAUAGUGCCGGAGGUGUAAGUGUGGGCACCCACCUGGUAUCACCAAUGUCGAGAGGGUUGUUCCAUCGCGCGAUUGCAAUGAGCGAUCUAGUCUUCGGGCAAUGGCCCAUAGGAAACCAUCAGUUCCACCUUGCACAGAAGCAGGCUCGACUAGUGGGAUGCCCGGACGAUACUUCCGAAAAUAUACUGAAAUGCCUUAGGACGAAAAGUGCCAAGGAGAUAGGAGAUUCUCUGAGUGGAUUUGCGGAGUAUGGAGGCGAUCCGGUUUUAUUAUGGACGCCAGUAAUUGAAUUAAAUUUCGGCCAAGAGCGAUUUUUGACGGAACAUCCAGUUAAAAGCGUUCUCAACGGAAAUUUCCACAAAGUUCCGAUAAUGGCGGGAAUUACCGAGGAAGAGUUUUCUUAUCUCGCGCUGGGUGUAGUGGGCAAUCCAGACUUGUUAAGGGUAAUGGAUGAGGAAUUUGACCGAGUUGCCCCUAUUGCAUUUAUCUACGAACGCAAUACAACAAGAUCUAAGGCUAUCAGUAAGAGGCUAAGAGAGGAAUUUUUGAGAUCAGGACCUUUAACUCAAUCUUCCCUUAAAGGCCUUGGAUAUCUCUACGCCGACAGCUUGGUAGGAUUUGGUGUGAAUCGUGGGAUUAAAUUAUUAGCCGCCAAAAACACGGAGUGCACCUACUACUAUCGUUUUAGCUAUCCGGGUAGGUAUAGCCACUUUUACUGGCCCAACACAACUACACCAUACGGGGUGGUGCACCACGAUGAUUUGAUUUACUUAUUUUACUCGGAAAUCUUCCCCAAGCUAAAUACGAGCGAUCCAGAGUACGCAAUGGUUAGGAAACUAACAACGUUGCAAACUAACUUUGCAUAUACUGGGAACCCCACUCCGUCAAGGAUUGAGAUUCUUGAACGCAAGCUAUGGGCUCCCAUUACUGCAUCAAAUAACGUGUACAUGGAUAUUGGUACAAAUUUAACUAUGAAAAGGGAUCUUUAUGAAGAUCGUUAUUCAGUUUGGGAUAGCUUAUUUCCAUUGAAAGAUUAUUUAUAAUAAAGUCUAUUGGAUGAGUUCUUUGCUUGCUUGUUAAAUAAUAAAUAGAAAAUAAUA